AUGUGCCGGGCCAUGCUGCCUGCCCACGCCGGGCCCCGCAGGGAGCUGGGCGCGGGGCUGCUUCUGCGAUGGAUGGACGCCGCCGCCUGCCUCGCAGCUGAGAAACAUGCUGGGGUGUCCUGCGUGACAGCAUCCAUGGAUGACAUUCAGUUUGAAGAGGCUGCCAGGGUUGGACAAAUUAUUGCCAUCAGAACAAAGGUGAACAGAGCAUUCAAAACCAGCAUGGAGGUUGGCAUCAAGGUGACAGUACAGGAUGUUUUGACUAAUGCUGAAAAGAUUGUGAGUGUGGCAUAUGCAACAUAUGAGGCCAAACCAGUUGGUGGUGGAAAAAUUGAGUUAAAACCUGUACAGCUUCUGUCUGCAGAAGACCACCUGGAGCACAUCCUGGCUAUUGAGAGGAGAAUAAUCCAUCUGGGCUAUGUCCAGGUCUUUCAGAAGCUGAUGCAGGAGAGCAAUAAGGAAGAUACUUGUGAAGACAAAGAUGCAGUUUCAACUGAGCAUACCCACGUACAGAGCACUGAGCUUGUCCUGCCUCCUCAUGCAAACCAUCAUGGAAACACUUUUGGUGGCCAGAUCAUGCCUUGGAUGCAGACAGUGGCAAGCAUUUCAGCAAGAAUGGAUGCAUAA